UUGCAAAGUUUUUGUCUUUCUUUUCUAGACACAUUUUUCUUUGUUUAUCAUAGGAGCUUUUUUUCUUUUGCUCUCUUGGUGACUCGAACUGACAACAUUUGUGUUGGAAGUGAGGGAGCGCUUACCAUUCGAGCAACUAUCCCUUGUCUGUUUAUCAUAGGAGCUUCUGUUCUUUUGCUCUCUUUUGGUGACUCGAACUAACAACCAGGGGCGGAGCUAUCUUUUAUAUAGAGGGUUCAUCGAACCCCUUCGGCGGAAAAUUAUACUAUAUUUAUAUGGUUAAAAUUAUUUUCUUAUGUGAACCCCUUUGGUUAGUUCGUUGUUCACUCUUGUGAACCCCUUGCUGAAAAUACUGGCUCCGCCACUACUAACAACCUUUGUGUCGGAAGUGAGGGAGUGCUUAGCAUUCGAGCAAUCUGAGCAACUCUCUCUUGUUUGUUUAUCAUUCAUAGUAGUCUUAGGAGCUUCUGUUCUUUUGCUCUCUUUUGGUGACUCGAACUGACAACCUUUGUGUUGGAAGUGAGGGAGUGCUUAGCAUCUGAGCAAUUCCCUCUUGUCUGUUUAUCAUAGUACUCAUAUUCAUAAAAAUGUAAUUUUUUUUGUUUUUGUCUUCUUUUAAGGCUACAUGUUGUGAAUUAGUCCUAGUUCAUAUGGAGAUUUUUUGGUUUAAUUGUUGGUGUUGUAAAGUUUUUUCUUUUUUCUUUUUUGGAUUCAUUUCUAUUUUGAGGCUAGUGUGUCUUUCUUGUUCUCAUUUCAUUUACCAAUUUCUCCAAAACCCCUUCAUUCAUUCAGUAUUUCAGUUUUCUCUCUUUAUCUUAGCACUUAUUCAUAAAAUUUAAUUUUUUCUUUUGUGGGUUUUUUAUUUAAGGUACAUAUAUUUCAUAAAAAUGUAAUCUUUAUGUUGUGGGUUUUUUGCUUUUGUCUUCUUUAAGGUGCUCAAUAUUAUUCAUUCAUUCAUUUUUUUUCUAGUUUAUUCAAUGUAGUAACAUAUAAUCCACUCAUUUAUAAAAAUUUAGUUAAUGAUUGAGGCUACUGUCUGGUUAAUGUUGUUUUCUUUUACUCUGUGAUUAGGAAAAUUCUGCAGUUUGCUUGGGAGUUGGGCCUUUUCUGAAAUUUCACUGUUUUCUAAGAAAAAUUUCACUUUAUAUUUUUGGUCUAUGUUGCGCUCGGACUCUUUGAAAAUGUCAUUGAAAUUGAAAUUGUGUCGAAUCCUUCAAAGUAGUGCGUGUCUGGAGGAUUCAACGGGCGCAACAACAUUUUUGAAAAAUCUGAGCUAUUUAGUUUUUGGUUUCUAGAUAUGUCUAGGUAUAAAAGUUUCAGUUUUUUUUUCCAUCCUUUUUCCUAUUUUAGGUUAUUCUUGCAUUUUAAAGGUUUGCUUCUUAAAAUUUGCAAUUUUUCCAAUUUAAUUUUUUUUAAAAAUCCUAUCCAUUUUCUUGCAAAUAUAUAUGUGUUGGUGCACUCAAUGUGAACUCUGGAAAUUUCCCAAAAUUUUAUUUUUGAAAUUAUUUUCUUAUUAUUACAAGAAUCCCACUCAAUAAGAAUCUUGAUAAUGCUGCUUUUGGAUUGACAAAAUUCCAAAAAAAAUUCAACCUUUUUCUUCAAAAAUGUGCCACGGACCAUUUAUGACACCUUGGCUCCAGCUUGAAUAUAUGGUGUAGUUUUGGCCCCUAGCCUUCACAUUAAAUUCCAUUUUUGUCCCUAUAAUAUGUGUAUAUAUAAUGUAGCUAUCACUUUCUUGGAUAAUUGUAAGUUGAUGGGAUUUCUUUUUUGGUGUUUAUUGUUAAUGUUGUCGUGAGCUGUGGUACGGACUGCGUACAUUUUACCCUCCACAGACCCCACGUAAUAAAUUUUUUUUAGAGUAGAAAAAGUUUCAAGAAAGUAUAAAUGGGGUCAAAUGUGGUAGUAGAUGAGGUAGAUUGUGGUAGCUUCUUUGACCACAUUGAUGAUUUGAUUGAUUUCCCUCUUGAGAAUGAGAAUGUUGGCCUUGGUUCUACUGACUGCAAAGAUUUUCCAAGCAUUUGGAAUGACCCUUUGCCGGAUUCCGACUCCCUUUUCUCCGUUAGCCACCGGAAUUCUGCCUCCGACCUCUCGGCCGAGCUUUCAGUUCCGUAUGAGGAUAUUAUCCAGCUUGAAUGGCUUUCGACGUUUGUGGAGGAUUCUUUCUCCGGCGGGGGAUUGACUCUCGGUAAAGAAAACAUUCCUGUCGAGAAAGAGCCGUCAUCCCAAGGCAAGUUCCAGACUUUGAGUCCUGUAUCUGUGCUCGAAAGCAGCAGCAGCAGCAGCAGCAACUCGUCCUUUUCCAGCUCGGGGGAAAAGACUUUACCCCUUGGUCCGUGCCACCGUGGUCCACAACGUGCUAGGACCAAGCGUCCUCGCCCAACUACUUUCAAUCCCUUGCCAGUAUUUGUUGCUCCAGGAUUCCCAACGGAUCAAUCAGAGAACUUUGCGGAGUCUCCCAUGAAGAAGAUUCUGAAACUAGCUGCACCAGAACAGAAAAAGAAAAAGAAGAUCAAGUUCUCUAUUCCUCUAGCUCCCUUCGAGACAAAUCACAACCCAACGGCACAACAAUCAGUUCGUAAAUGCCAGCAUUGCGAGAUAGCAAAGACUCCUCAAUGGAGAGCCGGUCCAAUGGGACCAAAAACUCUAUGCAACGCAUGUGGUGUUCGUUACAAGUCAGGACGACUCUUCCCUGAAUACCGGCCAGCUGCAAGUCCUACAUUCGUCCCAUCACUCCACUCAAACUCUCACAAGAAGGUUCUCGAAAUGAGAACCACCAUCGUCCAGGACAACAACAACGCCACACUCAUGACCCCGCCACCAGACACAACCACAACCACCCAACCGGAGUUCAACCCGAGCAACAACGACUCGGUCGAACAGGAGCACAAGUGAAUAAAAAGAAACAGAAAACAGUUUUUCCUAGUCCUAGAGUCUUUUAGUGUCUUGUCAUUUCAGUUUUUAGUGUUUUGUUUUCUCAAUUGCUUUGUUCUUUUUUUGUAUAGGGAUGUAAUAUGGCAUUAGAAAAAAAAAAAAUUAGAUGAUUAUAUUUUAGGAGAUUAGGAUUAAGGGUUAAGAUUAGUGUCUUUUAUAUAGUUUAAGAAAAAUAGUUUUUGGGUCAGUGUUAUGUUUUUAUUAGAUGUUUUAAGGCUUUUAUAUUCUUGUCCUUAAAGAUGAGAAUUAUUUUUGCAGUUUAUUUGUUAUCAGGCAAUUCUGAAAUAGUAAUGGUUUAUUUUUAAGUUUUUGCAA